AGUUGGAAGAAACAUAAGACCAAUGCCUCUUUUCCACUUUCCAGGUGAAGUUCGUAGAAGUGGAAUUCCAAGAAAAGGAAAAAUCCUGGAUUGUGCUUGUUUGCAUAGGAGCCAUGUCGGGAGUCGGGCGCCUGGCCUCCGGACCCAUUGGUGAUCUCAUCCCCGGAUUGAAGAAGAUUUAUUUGCAGGUUGCGUCCUUCAUCACCUUGGGUAUCAUGUGCAUGAUGUUGCUACAGUGCCAAGCGUUUUGGGGGGUGAUCAUCGUCUGCCUCUUCCUUGGACUUUGUGAUGGACUCUUCAUCACCAUUAUGGCCCCCAUUGCCUUUGAGCUGGUUGGGCCCAUGGAGGCUUCUCAAGCCAUUGGCUAUCUCCUGGGACUCAUGGCCAUUCCCAUGUUAGCUGGCCCACCAAUUGCAGGAUUCCUUCAUGACCAUUUUGGGAAUUACCAGCUUGCCUUCUACUUUGCUGGCGUUCCUCCGAUAAUUGGAGGCCUCAUUCUCGCGUUUGUUCCCUUCAUCCAUCAGAGUCAGCUCAAGAAGAAACGAGUGGAUUCGGGGAAAGACAAGAUGUUGGGUUCAGAGAUGGUCCCAAAUGGAGGGCUCCUCCCAGGUGCUCCAGCCACUGAGGGAGCUGUGGUGUAAACUUGUCUCGGUUACCCAUCUGUCACCAGCAGGGUUUUCUGAUCCCCGCCCGAGCCGAGAUCUUUGGAAAGGAGAACUUAACCUCUUCUGUGAUAACAGAAGAUCUCUCUGUCGGUAAACUAAAGUCAAUCCUGAUCAAACUCUUGGCUUUCAAGUUGAAUUUGAAUUUCCUUUGCCUCUUUCUUUCCUACUGAACAUUUUCAUUGUUCCCUCAUUCAUGUCCCGGCUGUGAUUCCCCCCCCCCCGGGUAAUACAUUAGUGGAUUAUGCAUAGAUGAUUGUGAUAACAUUUUAAUGGAUUGCGUUGGACCACUUCCUCUCUCCUUUCCCCCAAAGUAGAUUCUGUAGCCAUACUUAAUUAUUUUGCUGACAAGGGGUUUAAAUUCACUGGAAACUCCAUCGGGAGCGAGUGGUGAAGCUGCCAAAUUCUCAGAAGUAGAUUAGUCUCUACUCACGGAGACAGAAGGACAAGAGCUGAACGGGUGAAUUCUGAAUUCUCUUCUGAAAAGUUUUCUUUUCAACUAGCAAGUUCAACCUUUUUCUCCUGUCUCCCUAAAAUCUGUCCCUGAACAAGCACUUAGAUAUUAAGGGGUUUUUUUUUCUUUCAGUUCCAUUGGGUUGUGAAUUCUUUGUUUGAUUUCUUUUGCAUAUUAAAUGUAUCUCAAAAG